AUGGUGGUGGUCGAGGACUGGCUAGCGCCACCAGAUUUUUCAGCAUCGCUUGGCAGUCCGGAAGGAGCAGCGCUCCAAAACAGUGCGUCGCUGGCGUUUGGCUCAGUACGGCGGGAAAAGUGGCAGAAAGUUGCCCUGCCGUACCAUUCCAUCAUCCACACUUCCUCCAGACGUUGCACUUCGGGCCAAUGCAGCAGCAGUCUUCAGCUGUCCGCCGACCAUCUGUCGUUGACCCUGGUAUACUUCAACGUCCUCCGCGGCAUCCUCUCCAACAUCGCUCUGCUCGGUCUCGACUACGACAUGAUGCAGUUCGACGAGUACCCAUCCCCGUUCCUACCACUAUCCUCCUCGGCAUCAUCCGCUAUAGCAUUUCUCCCAGACAGCUUGAUGCCAACCCGGUCGCAGAAGACGAUGGCGCAUCAUCCCGAGAUCGACGUCUUCCCCGAUGCGGUAUUCCGGGAUAACUGGAUUGCAUGUGCAGACGAGGGGAGGAUGGACGAUGAUGAAUUUUGCUUCGAUCUGGUUGGGUCCAGGAGCAGGUUGGACAAACGUGGGAGUGAGGGGCCGGGGUGUUGGUUGAGGGGUGAGCCGUGGACUGCGGCAAGUUGGGAGUUCGCGGAGUGGUUUGUGUUGAAGUACCCGUUUUUGUUCCGGGGCGCGGCGGAGUUUGAGCGGGGAACGAACUUGUGGCGGCGGCGAACAGGUUUGAGGCCGUUGUGCUUCGGCGCAGCGAUCGAACUCGAGGUAACAAGAUUUGCUUAUUCGCCCAACUGA